UUUCCGUCUCUACAGAAAACCUCCCUUCCCUUCUCUUCUCUUCUCUUCUCUUCUCUUCUCCAUGGCUUCAUAUCUCAUACUCUUUCAAUCUCUACUUCUCUUUCUUUUCAUGAAAUUCCCAUAUUCAGCUGAGCAAACCGUCAAUUUCACCUACAACGGCUUUGGUGGUGCUAACAUCAGCCUGGCUGGCUCUGCGUUCAUCCACCCCAACGGCCUCCUGCAACUAACCAACACGUCCACCACUGUUCAGAUAGGCCGUGCAUUCCACCCAUCUCCACUCAACUUCCGAAACUCCACGUCAGGUGAUGUGUUCUCUUUCACGACUUCUUUCAUUUCCGCCAUCGUCCCAGGAGAGCCUAAUUUGAGCGGUCAUGGCAUCGCUUUCGUCAUCUCACCGUCGAUGGACUUCCCAGGAUCGAUUGGAGGCCAGUAUAUGGGACUCUUCAAUAUUUCAAACAUCGGCAAUCCCUCAAACCAUGUUUUCCUAGUCGAGCUCGAUACAAUUAAAAGCCCCGAAUUCGAAGGUGUCGAUAACAAUCAUGUGGGCAUCGGCCUGAAUAGCUUGAAGUCGAACACGUCAGCUACUGCAGUCUACUAUGAUAACGAAGAAGGCAAGAACAAGAGCUUAACCAUUUUCAAUGGAGAACCGAUUCAAGUUUGGGUGGAUUACGACGGAGUAGAGAAGAAACUCAACGUAACCGUUUCUCCUCCUGACGUUCCAAAACCUAAUCGUCCUCUCCUCUCAUCUCGCAUUGAUCUCUCGCCAAUUUUCACGAAAUCUAUGUUCGUUGGUUUCUCCUCGGCCACAGGCAUAAUCACAGGGUCCCACUAUAUCCUUGGGUGGAGCUUCAAGAUGAACGGACAAUCACAACCACUCAAUAUCUCGAUCCUUCCGUUGGUCCCACGCCGAAGAGAAUCAGCAGGAAAUCAGGUUUGGAAAAUUGGGUUGUCAUUGGCAGUAUCAGUUCUUGUUCUGGUAUCCGCUGUCGGAACUGUGUAUAUAGUCAGGAGGAAAAAAUACGUAGAAAUAAGGGAAGAUUGGGAAAAAGAAUAUGGCCCACAUCGAUUCUCUUACAAGGAUCUCUCCAUUGCCACAAAAGGUUUCAGUGACAAAGAGCUCCUUGGGGCGGGCGGGUUCGGAAGAGUCUAUAAAGGAGUUUUACCGGCAUCUGGCGUACAUGUUGCAGUGAAGGUGAAACGAGUCUCACUUGAUCUGAAUCAAGGUAUAAAGGAGUUUGUAUCGGAAAUUGUGAGCAUCGGCCGGCUCAGGCACAGGAACUUAGUGCAACUUCUUGGGUAUUGCCGACGGAAGGGAGAGCUCAUGUUAGUCUAUGAUUUCUUGCCUAAUGGAAGCUUAGACAAGUUCCUCUUCACCAAUGAUAAGCCGAUCCUUAACUGGAAUCAACGAUAUAGUAUUCUCCGUGGAGUAGCUUCGGGGCUUCUGUAUCUACAUGAAGAAUGGGAACAGAUUGUGUUGCAUCGAGACAUCAAGGCGAGCAAUGUUCUAUUAGAUGUGAAUUUGAAUGGACGGUUGGGAGAUUUCGGGCUUGCUCGGUUGUAUGAUCAUGGGACCACUCCUCAGACAACUCAGCUUGUUGGGACUCUGGGAUAUCUUGCACCUGAGUUCACUCGAACUGGGAAGGCAACUACGAGCACUGAUGUAUUCUCGUUCGGAGCAUUUUUGCUUGAGGUGGCUUGUGGGAGGCGGCCGAUAUCGUUGGGAGUAUCGUCAGAGGAGGCAGUUUUGGUUGAUUGGGUGUUUGAAUACUGGAGGAGGGGAUCGAUUCGGGAGAUGAGGGACCGUCGGCUUGGUGAUGAGUAUGUGGUGGAGGAAUUGGAGCUGGUUUUGAAGCUGGGUCUGCUUUGCUCACAUCCCAUUCCGGAGGCAAGGCCGAGCAUGAGGCAGGUUAUGCAGUAUUUGAACGGUGAUGCUGUCUUCGAAGAUGAAUGCUUGGAUGGUGUCGGUCCCAGCAUGGCUGCGGCCAGGAUUCAUCAAGGGUUUGCUGAUUUUGUUAGGUUGUACCCUGCAUCGCCUCAGAACACACAAUAUCAUUUACUGUCUGGUGCUGAACCGAUUCUCUUCGGUGACCAUUGAAGGCCGAGCUAGCUGCAUGCUUUGCUUCUUGUUGUAGUAUACUAUAUCGGUUUUCCACUAUAGUCACUUCUAUAACUGUUCUUGAAUUCAUAGAAGUUGAUGAUUAUGGCCUC